CCUUAACUCACCUUGGCCUCAGCAAGUAGCAGCAGCACACCUCCACCUGGCUGUGACGCGCAACAAGCUGCAACAAGGUUACGCCGUUGAAGCACAGAUCAAUUGCAUUGCUGUGUCGACGCGAAGCCAGUAGCAAUUCUUUGAGGCGCCACCAGCAAAAUCCAAACAACAUCGCUGUGAGAGAGCCUGCACCAUGAGGAGAGCCUGCACAACCGCAGCGGUAGCUUACGUAGCAUUCGUCGCAACUGCGCCAACGUGCAGCCAUGCGCUGGUCGCGCCGCGCCACGGCCUGGGCCGAGCGCGCGCCCCGAUCGGCCGACGACGGCAUCGCUGGGCGCCGGCGCUGCGGCGGCGCGGCGGCGGCGAGGACGACGACGACGACGAGGAGGAGGACAAGGACGACGACGAGGAGGAGGAGGACGACGACGCGCACCUCUUCGACGACGAAGAUGAGGAAGGCGCGGUCUCCGACGCGGAUUUCGAGGGCGACUCACUCAAAGCUAGAGCGCGGAAGGCCUGGGCCGCGACGCCGCCCGUGACGCAGGUCUACGUCGGGUCGUCGCUCGCGCUUACCUUAGGAUCGUUUUUUCUGGCCGGCAACCAGUGGCCGGCCUGGCUCAACCUCGACUGGAAGAAGGUGAUGACGGGGCAGCUCUGGUCGCUGACCGGCGUCUGAUAUCCCUUCGAACACGGGCAAUGACGACGUACGUAUGCCGCCCCAGUCGGAAUCGAUACGUGUCGAGUGCAAUUUUUUUAUCGUUUAACAUCCGAGCCCCCCCGUCUCGGUCGUCGCGGUGGUGCGCCUCGUUACCCUGGCGCUUCACUUCUGUACUACGCAGGCGGCCCUUCACGGGUUUUCUGUAUUACGGGCCCUUCGGCCUCUCGUACCUGCUGACGAUCCAUUUCGUCUGGACAUACAUGGGCACGCUCGAGAAGCUGCAGUUCGCGGAGCCCUGGGACUUUCUGGUGAUGCUGCUCUUCGGCGCGGCGUCGCUGCUCGCGGGCGUGGGGAUUGGGGGCGGCAACGCGCGGUUCCUGGGCCACAACCUGAGCUGCUUCCUCGUCUACAUCUGGGCGCGGACCUACGAGGGCCAGGAGGUCGCGGUCAUGGAGUUCUUCACGAUCCGCGCGGAGCUGCUCCCGUCGGUGUGGAAAUCAUUGCGGAGACCUUCGUCACCUGAACGCCAUCGAGCAGAUGCAGUGACGGGGACGACACGCCCGAAAUUUGAUUUCCACGCAGGCUCCCGUGGUUCUUCGCGGCGCAGACCUACUUGCUCGAGCACGAGCCGCCGGUCCACGACCUGUUGGGCAUCGCCAUCGGCCACUCGUACACGGUCCUGCGGCAGCGGAAGCGCCUCGCGGCGCCGGGCGCGCUGCGCGCCGUCUACGAGGCGCGGCCGGAGCUCAUGGCCAAGUACGAGGCGUUCGCGGAGGAGUUCUCCUAGUCUAAGUACGAUAUCUAGAGGAAGUUUUUUUUUAGUUCAAUACAACGCGAGCAGCGAUGCUUUCCGUGCCUAG